AUGGAGGCUCUUGAAGUUGAUGACAUUAGCCCUGCCUUAGAAGUGACUGAAGACUUUUUCAAUAGUUUUGAUACUAAGCUUGAAAAGAUUGUGCAGCCCUCUGAGGUCUAUGGUGUACAGGAGGUCCACGAACUGGUUGGGCACGAGGUAUUUGAUCGGAUAACAGAGAGCAGGAAUCCGAGGAAUGUCGCCUCCUUAGCCAAAAGUAGCCUCAUCUGGGAUCACUGCAAAAAUGGCCUCUUGGAAACCAAAGCCCAGAUAGCGUUCCCUGCCAAAGACCAGUGCAUGGUGCAGAGGGGAACAGCUGCUGACAGCCUUGCUUGGUCAGGGGAAGGGGAGACUGCGGCUUUUAACAUCUUCAGUAUCUGCCAGCGGAGGAGAGACAGGCCUCGCUCGGUGAAUGACAUCCUGGUGCAGAAUGAGGAAGCCUCCACGUUCAAACCAGGACACAACAGGUCACGCUCUGAUAUCAGCCAUGUGAACUGGGGAGUGGUCUUCACGGGCACCUCCUUGCAGCAGCCACCUGCGCCUGGUCAGGACAAUAACUGCACUCUGCUCUCCUACCUGGCAUUAACCAAGGGAGAGGACAUCCAAGGAAACACAGAACACAAGCCAAUGUUCCCAAAUAUUCUGAAGAAGGGAUACUUAGACAUUAGAAGAGACAAUGACAGCUACUGGCAAACCUGUUACGCUGAGCUCUCCCCAUACAAACUGUACCUGUAUUGCUUGGACAGCAGUGGCAACCAGACUCUUCCCACCGUGUAUCCACUCAUGCAUUUUCAAAGGGUCACUGUUACUGGUUGCAUUGAAACCAAGGUGGUGGACGCUGUCCUGUCAGACAACUCACAGCUACAACUGAAAGCGGAGUCCUCCUGGGAAGCUUUGGACUGGGGACAGAAACUCUGGGAAGUGGUGCGUGCUUCUGUGCCUGCUCUCACGAGACAGCAGGAGAAAUUGGAGAAUGUGCCAAAGCGUGAAAAUAACAGUGACCGUUCUCGAACCAAUGGAUUGUUAGAGAAGCCCAUGGAGCUCUUCUUAUCUGUGGAUUUGACUGAAAACACUAAAGAGUACCAAAAUAUUCUCAAAUCAGGGACUCUUUAUAGGUUAACUGUCCAGAAUAACUGGAAAGCAUUUACUUUUGUCUUGAACAGGUCUUAUCUCAUGGCAUUCCAACCUGGUAGGCUUGAUGAAGAUCCUCUGCUGAGCUACAAUGUUGAUGUGUGCUUGUCAGUCCAGAUAGAUACUCAGGAUGGCUGUGACUCUUGCUUUCAGGUCAUUUUUCCUCAAGAUGUCCUCCGCCUGCGUGCAGAGACCUGUCAGAGGGCCCAGGAGUGGAUGGAGGCACUGAGAGCAGCAGCCAAUGCUACUAGAAGUUUAACUCAGAACCCACAGGUCACGCUUAGGAACAAACCUGGAGAUCGGCCCUUUGGAAAUGAUCUUAGAAAGAGCAAGCGCCAAUCUGUGACCACCAGCUUCCUGAGCAUCCUGACCACACUGUCUCUAGAGAGAGGGCUCACAGUUCAGAGCUUCAAGUGUGCAG